UGUGUUUCGCAACCUUUCGUCACUGUGCCUGAGCUCAACUUCUCCCUUGCAUCACACAUCUCACGAUGAGGCCGACACCCAGUCGCCUGUUCCGUGCAGCAGGACGAUGCUUGCAGCAUGAGAACCCAUUAGGCCUCCCCAAGUCCGGCUCCAUCCCGCGCAUGCAGCGCGGCCUGCCGGUGCAGCGCAACAUCAAGGAUGUAGCAAAGGUCAUUGCCGUCUCGUCGGCCAAGGGCGGCGUCGGCAAGAGCACCAUCGCCGCCAACCUCGCCCUUGCUUUUGCCCGGAUGGGCCACCGCUCGGGCAUUCUCGACACGGACAUCUUUGGCCCGUCCAUACCGACAUUGUUCAACCUCUCGGGCGAGCCGAGGUUAUCAGCCAACAAUCAGCUCCUGCCCCUCACAAACUACGGCGUAAAGACCAUGUCCAUGGGCUACCUCGUCGGCGAGGACGCCCCCGUCGUCUGGCGCGGCAUGAUGGUCAUGAAGGCCCUCCAGCAGCUCCUGCACGAGGUCGAAUGGGGCGGGCUCGACGUGCUCGUGCUCGACCUUCCCCCCGGCACGGGCGACACGCAGCUCAGCAUCACCCAGGGUGUCAAGCUCGACGGCUCGGUCAUCAUCACAACCCCACACACCCUCGCCGUAAAGGACGCCAUUAAGGGCAUCAACAUGUUCAAAAAGACCUCGGUCCCCCUGUUGGGCCUCGUCAGCAACAUGUCCCUCUUCACCUGCCCGCACUGCCAAGGGCAGACGCACGUGUUUGGCCACACGGGCGACCGCGUCCAGCAGCUCUGCCUCGACCACGAGAUCGAGCUGCUCGGCGACAUCCCCCUGCACCAGAGCGUCGGUGACGACGGGAUGAGGGGCAAGCCGACCGUCGUGGCGGAGCCCGAGAGCGAGCGCGCCGCGGCGUUCAUGGACAUUGCGAGAAAGGUUGGGGACAAGAUUGGUUUGGCGUGAUCGGGGGAUGGGGAUGGGGGUAUGUAAUGGGAGGGCGAUGGCAGAGAGGGUCAGCAUUUGUAAAUCACG